AUGAGGCCCUGCACAAAGGGCCGCUCCUGGAUCAGGAACAACAAACGCCGGAACGAGGUGGGUGAGGAGCUUCGAUACCCGCCAUCCAUGACGAGCAGAAUGGACGGCAGCGUCCUCUCCAUGGGAGCAGACGGCACCCUUCUGCAUGCCACCGAGGACAGGCAGAAUCAUUUCCGCCUGGAAAUGAAGACGGUGGUGGAGGCCGCCGAGGCAGCCGAAGACUUAGACGAGCACGAGACGAAGACGGCCGUACCCGACAUCACCGCAGACAGCGUCGACCCCGACAACGAACGCCUGCAGCCGAAGACGCUUGUCGCAGCUGACCCCGCUACAGCCAUCGCCGCACUCAUGCGUCGCCCAGCGAUGACGGUCGGCGGGGGAUUGACGUGGUCUGCCGAGGAAGAGUUCGAUGCAGCCCUCCGCAAGGAAUGGUCUCGUUUGAGGGACAAAGUGCUUGGACGCACGGCCAACGGACAGGUAUAG